AUGGCACUUGUUCCGCGCUCGCGGGAGAUCGCGGAGAGCUGCCUAGAUUUUCUCAACAUUGAGCUCGUUGCGACUUAUGCGCGGCAGUCCAACUUGCGACCAGAGCUCGCCGGUCGUCGGAUCGAGGCGAUUGGCUUUCAAGUGGGUCAACAACUAGUAGAGAGGUUCACCAAGGACAGAGCCCGAUUCACGGACCACCUGGAUGUGAUAAAGUUCAUUUGCAAGGACUUUUGGGCCGAGGUGUUCAAGAAGCAAGUGGACAACCUCAAGACCAACCACAGAGGAGUGUUCGUGCUGCAAGACAACAAGUUCAGAUGGCUCACCAGAAUAUCAGCAGAUGCUCCAUCGUAUGAUGCGCUGACGCCUCUUCCAAACCCUAGUCCCAACCUUCGAUCGCCGACGGAGCGCAUGGCUGGAGCUGGAGGAGCAGUGGCGGGCAGCAUGAAGGCAUCUGCUGUUGCAGGGCAGUUUCUGUAUCUGCCUUGUGGACUCAUUAAGGGGGCGCUUACCAACCUUGGAGUACCAUGCACAGUCUCGGCGGAGGUCACUACGCUUCCUGGUUGUUCCUUCACAGUACGAAUCAAGUCAUGA